UAUAACAGGAAUGAAAGGUUUAUUUAUAAUUUGAAUCAAUCAAUAUAACUUAACACAGAAUAAGACCAAUCUGUUCACCUCAAUACAUGGAAAAAGUAUAUGUGACCAAAAACAAUAAUUAUAGAAUAUUAGAAAUUGAUAUGAACUUUUUUUUUCCCCCCGAGACAGAGUCUCGCUGUGUCGCCUAGGCUGGAGUACAAUGGCAGUGAUCUCGGCUCACUGCAACUUCCGCCUCCCAGGUUCAAGCAAUUCUCCCUGCCUCAGCCUCCCGAGUAUCUAAGAUUUCAGUCAACUGCCACCACGCCCGGCUAAUUUUUGUAUUUUUUUUUUCAGUAGAGACAGGGUUUUGCCACGUUGGUCAGGCUGGUCUUGAACUCCUGACCUCAGGUGAUCCACCCACCUUGGCCUCCCAUAGUGCUGGGAUUACAGGCAUGAGCCACCGUGCCUGGCCCAGGGAGUAUUUCAUCAGAGAUAAUACUUGACAGGGUAGGAUUCUGAAAGGAAUGGGGAAGGAAAUGCCAACAUCGAAAUUAUGCAUUGGGGAAGCCAUGAUUAAUGCCUCUGGCCCUAAGAUGGCAAGGUAAUGUUGUUCCCAAGUAUAAACCCACAUCACCUUCCUCUGGUGUGUUUUACUCCUACUGUUGCCUGCUUUCUCUUUACAUUCUCCCACCCCAUACUCACCGCAAGCGCUCAGGCUAGGUAGUUAGGCUCCGUAGAGUCAAAUUGGACCCCACGUUAACGAAACUCACAAUUCGAGCUUUCCAGCAAUGAACUCAUCUGUUCUUCCAUGUCUACUCUUUUCCUGUCUGCUGGUUUCCUCUCCCAGGGCUUUCAGUGUGUUCUACGCAGAAACCAGUUCAAGGACUGGGUUUUCUUCUGCAAUAAAAUGCUGGAGUUGUGGCAGAGACCUCCACAGUGAGAACAGCCACGGAGUUGGCUAGGAGGUGACAUGAUGUGGAAGUGGUGGAUGUGUCCACAAGAUGGCACUCCUAAUUUGUAGCUUAAUGCUUAAUAGGACAUUUUGCAAUUGACAAACUUGGGAUUUUAUGAUUUAUGUAGCUGAUAUCAUGAAUUAUGUUUCAAAUCCUGCCACAUUUUGAACAGAAUUUAUUUUUGCCCCUUUCUGAUAUUGGGUCAUAACCUAAGAAUGAGAGGACAUUAUAAGCAGGGGUGUGUGUGUGUGUGUGUGUGUGUGUGUGCGUGCAUGUGCACUUGAGUGUGGAGACUUUUGUGUUCCUCCUACCUGACCUGAACUGUUGAAUGAUGAAGUUACAAUGACUGGACUCAGGGGUGCAGCUAGCUAACUUGGGAAUUGGGGUUUUGAAGUACUGGAGACAGCUUUGUAUGCCAUGUUAAUGAAUUUGAACUUUAUCCUGAAAAACGUGGCUGUCGUUGAAGAAUUUUAAGCAGGCAGGUGGCUUGAUCAGAGCACUGCUUCCCAGAUUUCACUCAAUGGUAUCUGUAUAACACAUUCAUGAUUUUUGCUGUAUCUCCGUAUCAUCAAGUUACUUAAUGUUUUUACACCAACUUUUAUUAUUUUAUAAAUGUACUUAAAGAGGAAAUUCACUACUAGCAUUGCUUGCCAUAAUCAAAAUAAAUAUAUUAUUAAAAUGGAACAGUGCUAAAUAAGGUGUACACAUGGACAUAGAGUGUGGAAUGACAGACACUGGAGACUCCGAAAGGUGGAGGGGUGGGAGAGAGGUGAACGAUGAGAAAGUACUUAAUGGGUACCAUGUACAUUAUUCGGGUGAUGGGUACACUAAAAGCCCAGACUUCACCAUUACUGCAAUAUAUCCAUAUAACAUAACUGUACUUGCGCCCCUUAAAUUUAUACAAAUUUUUAAAAGGAAAAAAUGGAAGUGUUCAUCUAUGUACCAACUUAAAAUCAUCUCACGCACCACUAGUGUUAAAUCUACCACAUGUGGGGAAACUGUGUGGUAUGAAUUGGGUUGAGGGCGUCCCCAGCAGGCACAGAAAUUGGGUUGGUGCCAGGUUCUUAAUGCCCAGAUCUUAAUUAGAGAGCCCAAGUCCGUUGUAGGCCUGGAGCAAUUCAGACACAAGGCAAAAAGAAAGUACAUUUGCCUAUGCCUUGUAACGUCUACACCACCAGCCUUUCUGAAACUAUUGUGCAUACGAAGUCAUCCCAGGAUCUUGUAAAAACACCGAUUCGGAUCCAAUAUGGGACCUGGAGUUCAUACAUUUCUAAUCAACUCCCAAAUGAUAUUGAUGCUGAUACUGUCGGUUUCCCAACCAAGCAACGUAGCAAGGUACGAAACUCUAAAGUCCCUAAAGGGCAGGGACCACGCCUCUCGCGUUGGCAUAGUGCCUGGCUCAAGGCACUUUCUGGGUUAACACUCGCUGAGGACCGGAGUGAACGCCCCCGCCCCAAGUCGUCACAUGACUGACUUUCUCCAACUGCCGGUUUCGGCUCACAUAACACACCUACUAUCCAAAACAUUUCUAUUUUCCUAACACAAAAACUAUAGCUAAGUUUGUAUAUUCUAUGUAGCCCCAGCCUAGGACGUAAAUUCCACGAGACCAAAAGCCUUGUGAUGAUUCCCCCAGGUUGCUGACCCUCCCGGUGUGUCCCGGGCCUGCUCUGGGGGACACAGCGGCGAAUACGUUGAACGAGGCCCCUGUUUCACGGAGCUAAAGAUCCAGUAAGGACUUCACCCAGCGAGAGGCAACUACGCUGGGCUUCGAUACCCAAAACCUCUGCAGAAAGGUGGAGUGGCAGGAAUCUCCUGAAGCCUCCAACGUCCAGGAACGCGGAAACCCAGGGCCUCCAGUGCAGGUGUCAUCCCGGAGGGCGCAUGCGGAGUCCCAAGAGAGGCGCGUCCCAUUGGACAAUCCCGAGCGGAAGAGCCCAAGAUAGCGGGGGGAGUUGUGACAGGCUGCUGCAGACGUACUUAGAAAAGGGGUGCAUACUGGAUAUUCAGGCCAGGAGAAGAAUGCAAAAAGCAGUGACGUACAUUAUUCUCUGCAUAUUUACUUGGGAAAUUGUGCGUCUCCCCAUUCUGAGUCUUGGAGGAAUUGGACUGGUCCAACCUUAUAAAGAGAGCAGUAGAGCGCGGCAGUAUAGAGAGUACCUCACGAAGGGGACGUGGGAAAGUGUUAGCGGGGAACGCUGGGAAACUCCCGGCCUCCGCCACCAUCUUGCUUUCCUUUAAUCCGGCAGUGACCGUGUGUCAGAACAAUCUUGAAUCAUGAAGCUACUAACCAGAGCCGGCUCCUUCUCGAGAUUUUAUUCCCUCAAAGUUGCCCCCAAAGUUAAAGCCACAGCUGUGCCUGCAGGAGCACCGCCACAACCUCAGGACCUUGAGUUUACCAAGUUACCAAAUGGCUUGGUGAUUGCUUCUUUGGAAAACUAUUCUCCUAUAUCAAGAAUUGGUUUGUUCAUUAAAGCGGGCAGUAGAUAUGAGGACUUCAACAAUUUAGGAACCACCCAUUUGCUGCGUCUUACAUCCAGUCUGACGACAAAAGGAGCUUCAUCUUUCAAGAUAACCCGUGGAAUUGAAGCAGUUGGUGGCAAAUUAAGUGUGACCGCAACAAGGGAAAACAUGGCUUAUACUGUGGAAUGCCUGCGGGGUGAUGUUGAUAUUCUAAUGGAGUUCCUGCUCAAUGUCACCACAGCACCAGAAUUUCGUCGUUGGGAAGUAGCUGACCUUCAGCCUCAGCUAAAGAUUGACAAAGCUGUGGCCUUUCAGAAUCCGCAGACUCAUGUCAUUGAAAAUUUGCAUGCAGCAGCUUACCGGAAUGCCUUGGCUAAUCCCUUGUAUUGUCCUGACUAUAGGAUUGGAAAAGUGACAUCAGAGGAGUUACAUUACUUCGUUCAGAACCAUUUCACAAGUGCAAGAAUGGCUUUGAUUGGACUUGGUGUGAGUCAUCCUGUUCUAAAGCAAGUUGCUGAACAGUUUCUCAACAUGAGGGGUGGGCUUGGUUUAUCUGGUGCAAAGGCCAAAUACCGUGGAGGUGAAAUCCGAGAACAGAAUGGAGACAGUCUUGUCCAUGCUGCUUUUGUAGCAGAAAGUGCUGUCGCGGGAAGUGCAGAGGCAAAUGCAUUUAGUGUUCUUCAGCAUGUCCUCGGUGCUGGGCCACAUGUCAAGAGGGGCAGCAACACCACCAGCCAUCUGCACCAGGCUGUUGCCAAGGCAACUCAGCAGCCAUUUGAUGUUUCUGCAUUUAAUGCCAGUUACUCAGAUUCUGGACUCUUUGGGAUUUAUACUAUCUCCCAGGCCACAGCUGCUGGAGAUGUUAUCAAGGCUGCCUAUAAUCAAGUAAAAACAAUAGCUCAAGGAAACCUUUCCAACACAGAUGUCCAAGCUGCCAAGAACAAGCUGAAAGCUGGAUACCUAAUGUCAGUGGAGUCUUCUGAGUGUUUCCUGGAAGAAGUCGGGUCCCAGGCUCUAGUUGCUGGUUCUUACAUGCCACCAUCCACAGUCCUUCAGCAGAUUGAUUCAGUGGCUAACGCUGAUAUCAUAAAUGCUGCAAAGAAGUUUGUUUCUGGCCAGAAGUCGAUGGCAGCAAGUGGAAAUUUGGGACAUACACCUUUUGUUGAUGAGUUGUAAUACUGAUGCACACAUUACAGGAGAGAGCUGAACAUUCUCUCAGCCCAGAGCAGCAAACACAUGAAAGUCAGAAGUCUCUAAUAUAACAUUUGUCUUUUUUCCAGUGAGGUAAAAUAAGGCAUAAAUGCAGGUAAUUAUUCCCAGCUGACCUAAAGUCAAUAAAACAUUCUGUUUAAGUGUU